AUGGGGAGAGUAUUGUUCAUUUGUCUGCUAGCUUUGUUUUUAAAGCAGUAUCACAGUGGAGCUGUGAUCUUCAAGAUGACGAAUGCGGUGUGCGAGUCCUACAACAAAUCCUGGGUGGAGUUUGGUCUUUGUCGCCUGCGAGCCGUGAGUCGCAAUAAGGUCUGCUUCAAUGUUAAUGCCACCCUGCUGCAUCCGGUCUACGACGUGGUUAUAAAAGCCCAAUUGAUGAAGAAAGCUAAUGGCUAUAAGCCAUGGUUGUAUAGUGUGAAUUUUGAUGGCUGCCAGUUUUUUAGGAGACGAAACAAUGCCUUAAUUCGCAUCGUUUGGGAACUGUUCCGGGAGUACUCGACCCUCAAUCACUCCUGUCCCUAUGUGGGUCUGCAGCAGGUUAAGGACUUUUAUUUGAGAUCCGAGAAGCUACCUACCCCAAUACCCACUGGGGAUUAUCUACUGAUGAUCGACUGGCUAUUUAACAAGAAGCCCCAAGCUGCCACAAAUGUUUACUUCACCUUUGUGGAGGAUCUAAGGAACAGUAAAUAAAUCAACUAAAUAAAUAUAGUAAAGUUCAUUUACAAUUCAAUUGGUUAAAUAUAGGAAACUUUUCAUUUUGUUGCAGUUAAAAAUAUUUAAUAAUAUCUGAUUUCAAAAUCCUUAGAUUUGAUCUAUAUAAUUUUGAUAUAUUUUCCUCCUACAAUAACUUUGAAAAUUAGAAGCAAAAAAAUCCCCAUAAUGUGUGGAAUUCAAUCACGCCUAAAAAUGUUCGAUUUCAUCCUCGGUUUGAACGACAAAAAUGUCUCUUAUCUGAGGAAUACAAAUGCGAUUAUUAAAUUUGUUUGCUUGUUUUGAGACCACCAGGAGAAGUUUCGUCGCGAGUGCAAAUCGUAAUCGAUUUGAACCCAACAAUCCAAAAAUAAUUACCAAUUACGCUAAUUUUAAAUUCGCAUUCCGUUUGCACAGCAAUAAACAAAAGCAAGGUUGCUAUCUGAACCAACAAAAAUAUAUCCAUUUAGCU